AUGCCCCUUGUUGUGCGCAUCUGUUUCCCCGAGCACCACCCCGUCCCAGACAACACCUGGGACUCUUCGGACCCCCCGGAAUCCCUGGAGCGCGCCAUCAUCCACGAGGCCACUCUCUACGACAGUGCCGCCGCAAAGGGUCUCCAAGGCUCAGUCCUGCCACAAUGGUACGGCUUGUUUAUGUCAAACCCCGCUGCCAAUACCUCUCGGAUCUUCGUCAGUGUUCUAGAGGAUGUCGGUCCUGCAGCUGGCUCAGAUGGACACACCAUUCCCGCCAUACUGGUUGGCGACGUGCUGCGCAAGUUUGACGCCCUCCACGAAGCCGGGAUCGCCCAUGGCGACCUCGAAACACGACACGUACGUUUGGGCAACGGUUACGCACGCCACGACGAGGACCACGGCUGGUCGCGCCGCAAAGGGGAUGACCUCGGUCUGCGCAUCAUAGACCUGGAUCGUGCCCAGGUGUCACCAGAGGCUGUCGCCAACGAGAGGCUUGCAGUGCGCAAAUGGCUACAAGUGGGUGGCACUGGGGAUUGGUGUUGA